UAGUUAGCAUGAAAUUUUUUUUCUGAUAGCACAUUUUCCUCCAACUAGAACUAUUAUUUAUCAAGCUAUUGUGGUUGAUCUGUAACAUAGUGAGUUUAGUUAAUUCUUUCUAAUCACCUGGAACUUGAACAAUGAAUCUAACUCUUGAUGAUUAUAAUUUGAAGCACUGUGGAAAAAUGAUGAUGGCGCUGAACGAGUAACACUGAAAAAUGAAUCCUCUUGAUGCUUAUGAUUUGAAGCACUGUGGGAAAAUGAUGAUGGCCCUUAACGAACAAAGAGCAAGCAAAGAGCAUAGUGACUUCGCAAUUAUGGUCGGCGAUGAGAAAAUACCAGCACACAGGAAUGUUCUGUCAGCAGGAUCGGAUUAUUUUCGUGCAAUGUUGUCUCAUGAAAAUGUUGAGAGCAGCACUGGCAUUGUGGCAAUGAAACAAGUUCAAUACUCAAGUGUGAAAACUUGCAUCAAUUUACACUGGUAAUUUUCCCACUCCUGUUCGUGAGGAGCGUGAGCAGCUGAUGUUUACCGCUCAUAUGCUCCAGUUACAAGGUAUGUGUGAUAAAAUUGCAAUAUCUCUUGAGAAAGAACUGAGUCCAGAAUCGUUCUAUUCAACAAAGUUGAUCGCAAAUACUUUCAACUGCACUGGUUUAGUUGAAAGUUGCAACAAAUAUGCUUUGGAGAAUUUUCAAUCAAUUGCAGCUGACGAUGAUUUUAAACAUUUGGAUAAAGAUUAUAUUUCCUUUUUGGUGGGAUCGAAAGAAGUCUACGCCUCUGAAGCUGUCAAGUGCAAAGCUUUGAUCAUCUGGACUAAGUUCGAUUCAGAGACUCGUGCAUCGACGUUUGGAGAAAUAUUUCAGAAUCUAGAUUUGACGAAAAUAACGGGGAAUUACCAAAAGUUUUUGAUAGAGAAAGAGCCCUUGGUCUUUGACUCUAAUCGUUGCCUCAGAGCACUUUUGAAGAUUUUGACUGGCGGAUCACAAUUUGUUGCUUCGGAUAUUGACAUCAAAAAUCCUAGACCGACUAGUAAUCAAGUUCAGCCGAGUAACGCAAUUGCUGUCUUUGAUAGAAAGUCAAAAUCGAUUCAAGCAUUUCGUCCCAAUGUGAGAACCUGGACAAAACUUCAGGACAUCAGUGAUGAAUUUAUUGGUAAUAACUUCACUGCUGUUGUACUUGGCAACAUCAUCUAUGUUCUUGUGUUUGAUGGAACCAAUUAUCAACUGAAAUAUAAUGAUACCAAUGCUACAUGGGUUAGAUUGGCAGAUCGGAGAUUGGCAAAGAAACGUGUGGCUGCUGUUGCAUUUGAAGGUUCAAUUUAUGCAUUUGAUGAUUAUGGCUCCACCAGUAAAACUGUUGAGAAAUUUGAACCAUCUGAUGGAACUUGGUCACAUGUCACUGAUAAACCUGUGGAAGGAUAUUAUAUGUCAGUGGUUGCUAUAGGAGGUUUCAUCUACUGUAUUGGAGGGUACAAAGGUGGAAAUCUAUCUGAAGCAAUGAAAUUUAAUUCAUCAGAUUCAACAUGGGCGACACUUCCUUCAAUGCCGACUGCAAGACAAGUUCCUGCUGCAGUUGAACUUGAUGGGAAGAUUUAUGUCAUGGGUGGAUACAACAAUAUCAGGUUAAACAAUGUGGAAUGUUUUGACACAGUUGCUGAAAUAUGGACCACUGUUGCCGGAUUAAGCAAUUCAAAAUACAGUUUCAAAGCCUGUGUCGUUGAAGGAAAAAUAUUUGCUGUUGGAGGAGUGAAUUCCAAGAAUACAAUAGAAGUAUAUGAUCCCGCUGUGAACUCCUGGAAAGUUGUGGAAACAAUGGAUGGAAAAGACAUUCAGGAUUACUAUGCUUCUAUUGCUUUGAAUGUUCCUUCCUAG